CGUGCAGCAUACGAUAUUUAGAGGUUGGCUAUAUUUUUUUUUUACCAACAUGGCCCAUCACCAAAUAUUACUGAUAUCAUCCGCCGUGUUUUUCGUUCUGUCCUUGAACGUGUCGGCUACCCACCUGACGGUAACUGGUCAUUGGCCGGGUGGUUAUACGGCUAACAUGUGUAUCACAAGCAGCGCCCCAACAGACUGUGGCUGGAGGGCAGAGGUCGAAUUUCAACCAUCCAUAAAUCUCGAGAUCUGGGACGCUUCCAUAGCCAAUUCUCAGAUUCUGAGUUCCUCGGCGCAGUUCUCGCUGAUCCACAAGGAACACACGAAGACCCUGAGCGCCGGAACGGACCGUUGCUUCGGAAUCGUGGCUCGUGUGAGCGGCGGUCAGGAUCUUCAACAGAGCGACGUAACCUUCACGGGCAGUUUUGCUGAAAUAUGUGACCCGAACCCGAGUAGUUCCGUUAAUCCAGGUCAAUCGUCGUACUCCAUCCCCAACUCAUGGUACGGCGGAUUCAUCGGACAGCUCUGCAUGACGGCUCCCACGGCUGUGUGUGGAUGGCAAGUGACCAUGACCUUCAAUCCGGCGAUCACAAAUAUAAAGAGUUUGUGGGAUGGAACAGUUCAACAGCCGGCGACUGGCAGCACCGUCGUCGUGGACGAUGCUGGGUACAACAGCGACAUUCAAGCGGGCGGACAGGUGUGUUUCGGCUUUGACACGGCCAUUAAUGGCGUCCAUGUUUCCAUGACAACCAUGUCAAUAACCGGAGUGUUCUCCCAGACCGGCAGCUGCGGUCCAACCCAAGCUCCUCCUACGACAGGGGUACCAACCACCCCCGAAACAACAACAACAACCACCACUACGUCUAGUCCCACUACUACGACAACUACUGCGGCUACCACCACGACCACACAGAAGACUACGACCACUCCGGUCACGACAACUACUACGGCUACCACGACAAUAAACCAGCAGACUACUGUUGCUACUGCAACACCGACGCCAGGUGUAGGCCGCUACAACUACAGAGAAGUGUUGCACAAGUCUAUUCUCUUCUACGAGGCGCAGCGAUCUGGUGUCCUUCCGCAAAACAAUCGAAUCCCGUGGCGAGGUGAUUCGGCUGUUGGCGACCAGUCUCCAAAUGGCAGGGAUCUGUCUGGGGGAUGGUAUGAUGCUGGCGACUUCGUCAAAUUCAAUUUGCCAAUGGCGUUCUCCACGACGACACUGCUGUGGGGUCUGAUCAGGUUCAAGGACGGAUACGUGGCGUCAGGCGAGCUCGCCAACAUGUAUGACUCAAUCAGGUGGCCGCUCGACUACUUCAUAAAGUGCUGGGACGAUCAGAACACAGUGUACUGGGCUCAGGUUGGUGACGCAAAUGCUGACCAUAACUACUGGGGAAGACCGGAAGACAUGACGAUAGCGAGGCCCGCGUUCAGUGUAAGCAUGAGCUCAGGCGGAAGUGAAGUGUCGGCAGAGACCGCCGCGGCGCUAGCAGCUGGGUCCAUCGCUUUCAGCACGGAGGAUCCGACCUACUCAGCCACGUUACUGUCUAAAGCCAUUAGUCUGUACGAGUUCGCUUAUAACCACAGAGGAACCUACACAAACUCUGUUCCAGCCAGCCCCUUCUACACCUCUUACAACGGCUACAACGAUGAGCUGUGCUGGGGGGCGGCCUGGUUGUACAAGGCGACUGGUGAUGCUGCUUACAUACAAAAAGCUCACGAAUUCGCCUUCGCGGACUCUGCGGAAUUUUCAUGGGACGGAAAGAUUCGAGGAUGUCAGGUUUUGCUGUAUGAGAUUGCGAAGGAACGAAAUGAUGUCACUAACGAAAAUACAUUCAGGACGUACGUCGAUAAUUUCGUAACGAGCUGGAUGCCAGGAGGAAGCAUAUCACAGACUCAGUGCGGGCUUGGCUGGAUCCGACAAUGGGGGCCAUUGCGCUAUGCAGCGAACACGGCUUUGAUUGCUUUGAUCGCAGCCGAGGACGGCAUCCAAACGACGUCAUUCAGGACGUGGGCGACGAAACAGAUCAACUUCAUGCUUGGGGAUAACUUGAACCACAGGAGCUACGUCGUUGGCUUCGGCAACAACCCGCCUGUACGACCUCAUCACAGCAGCAGUUCGUGUCCGGACAUGCCUGCCCCAUGUGGUUGGAACGAGUUUAACAGCCCCGACCCUAACCCACAGACCCUGCACGGGGCGCUGGUGGGUGGCCCCGCCCUGGACGAGUCGUACCAAGACGUGCGCAGCGACUACAUCCAAAACGAGGUGGCAUGCGACUACAACGCCGGCUUCCAGUCCGCAUUAGCUGGUCUGAGACAUCUCGAAGCUUCAUCACAACUUCCGGUAGUAACCCCGCCAUCAGGAUGUUAACAUCUACAGUACAAAAUAAAAAAUCCAAUCUCACAAA